CAUUUUAGGGUUCUUCGAUCGAUUUCUCCCUCCAGGUACGCUGCGUAAGAGCUCGUCGCAUCCCCAGCCAUGGCGCGCAAUGAGGAGAAGGCGCAGUCGAUGCUCAAUCGCUUCCUGGCCGCCAAGGAGGAGGAGAAGCGCCCCCCGAAGAAGCGGCGCCCCUACCUGGCGUCGCAGUGCCGCGACCUCGCCCAGGCCGACCGCUGGCGUAUCGACGUCAUCCGCGAGAUCGGCAAGAAGGUGAUGGACAUCCAGAACCCGGGCAUCGACGAGCACCGGCUGCGCGAGAUGAACGACGAGAUCAACAAGCUCAUCCGCGAGAAGUGGCACUGGGAGGUCCGGAUCGUGGAGCUGGGCGGCCAGGACCACCGCAAGUUCGCGCCCAAGAUCACGGACGAGGACGGCAACGAGGCGCCCGAGAUCGCCAUGCCCACCGGCCGCGGCCCGGGCUACAGGUACUUUGGAGCCGCCAAGAAUCUCCCCGGGGUCAAGGAGCUCUUUGACAAGCCCAAGGAGAGCAAGAAGAAGCGGUCGAGGCACGACAUGUUUAAGUGCAUCGAUGCUGACUACUAUGGCUACCGGGACGAGGAGGAUGGAAUGCUGGUGGAGGUGGAGAGGGUGGCGGAGGCGAGGAUGCGCGAGGAGGAGCUCCGGAAGUGGCACCGGGUGGAGGCGGUGAAGAGCGAGGCCAAGAAGAGCAUCAAGAGUGGGAAUGUGGUGGUGGUGAAGUCGGUGCCGGUGCUGCUGGAGGGCGAGGCGGCGGUGGCGGAGGAUGGCGGAGGAGUGGCGGCGGCGGGGGUGGCGGCGGUGGAUGGGAGGGAGUUUGUGGCUCAUGUCCCCGUGCCGGACAACGAGGAGAUUGCGCGGCUCUUGCUGGAGAAGAAGAAGAAGGACUUGCUGAGCAAGUACGCGAGCGAGGACAUCCUGGAGGAGCAGUCGGAGGCCAAGGAGAUGCUCAACAUCAAGCGAUGAGGAGGAGAUCUCCACAGUGUAACUCUCUCUCUUUUGUUCUUUUCGUUUCGAGUGAUUUUGUCUCGUGUAGCGCUCGCUUGACACCUGCCGCGGGAGAGAUUGGAUUGGAUUGAUUCGUAUAGCUCUGUCCGCCACGCUGGGAGUGAUCGCAGUCAAUCGCAAGCUUGCGGCGGCUGCUAGAGGACAGAUAUCCAUGGCGUUUUUAUUAUUAUUGUUAUCAUCUUGGUGGACGACAAGGCAAUUUAUUUUGUUCUUCCGGCCGGGCGUUAAGUCUUCCAGAGCGAACACCAGCCGAUUUGUGCCACAGCGCAUUUUUCUGGAUCAAUCAUGCUGAAUCAUUCGUUCUUCAA